CUGCAAUGGAUUACACUGAGGCAGUACAGGCUUUCCUGGAUGAUCCAGAAUCUAAAUACAAACUUAGAAUACUACAGGAUAAAUAUCCUACCAGCCUCAUCCCAGAAACUCUAAAAAGAGCAACUGGAAUACUUGCAAAAAAAGCCAAAUGUGAUGAACUUGCUCCAGAAUGCACAACGCCAGACUAUAUAGUCUUUAAGACAUCAGCUGAACACCUACACAAUUGGAUGAUGGCAAUACACAUUUACUUUCAAUUUAUUGCCACUGAAAACGACAUCAGCAGAAACUAUCAAAUCGGCAAUGAGGCCAAGCUGUCUUUUGCCAGCACCGAUGUUCGCACACACAAUAAUGCCGAAAACGUGAGUGAAAUAUUGUAUAAAAUCACCAUCUACAUGACCACCGGCACAAUUGUAAUACAAGGAAAGUCUGCGAAGACUUUGUUUGUAGAAAGCUUCCUCAACCUAAAAGAAUUGAGAGACUUCAUUGCCAGGCAAGAUGAAUCUUUUGAUAUCUCCAGUGUCCACCAGAACUCCCUUUUGGACUCAACAUUAGAGACACACGCGUCAUCAACAACAUUACUGAAGGUGAUAACCCCAUUACCAUUACAAUCAAUUGAAGUAAAAAGUCAUUGCGAAAACAACAAUCAGACAUCAAUUGAAGAACAAAGUAAUUGUGAAGAAGAUUCUCUUGCAGAUGUCUUGCUCUUAUUAAACCAAAUAGAUGAAAGAAACCAAAAGAGAUGUGAUCAACUGGAAUCACUCAUUCGAGACCAAGAAGUCAGAUUUAUGAGGAGUCUGAAAACUGAGGCCCGAUCGCUCCUUGACGAAAUCAAGCACUCGUCAGACUUGACAAAGUCAUUUAAUUCUGAUACUACAAAAGAGAUACGUGAAGUUAAAGGUGCAAUCCAACGAAUGCAGAAUGCACCUACAAAACCAAAAGAACCUAAGGCGCCUACCGCUGCUUCAAAACCACAUGAGCCUUGUGAGGAUAUGCCCCUGGCACAUUUACAGUCUGAGAUCAUCAAAGACAAUGUCCAAACUCAAGCUCCCACCAUAUCUUCCCAGCGACAAGAACCUCAUCAGGAUUUACCUAGAACAUCUCCUCACUCUGCCAGAGGUCGUACUACAAAUGCCCCAAAAGAUCAAACCCAAAAGCCAAUACGUACUCUCUACUUGAAUAGGUCAACAACCUCCCUAAUUAUUGGUGACUCUCGACUAAGAAAAGUUAAACCGCAAAAUCUUGGUGCACCUGUAGCAGUACGUACCUAUGGAGGUGCUACCCUAUCAAAUAUCAAGGAUUCUAUAGAUUCUAGCAAAGAUAGUCCUAAUCUUAGAAACAUCACACUUCAAGCUGGAAUCAUCGACAUAAAAAAUAGUUCGUCCAUGCUUGACAUCAAAGCUGAUACAAUGUUACUUAUUGAGACAGCUAAAUCUAAAUUUCCAAAUGCCAAAUUCCUCAUCUCAUCUAUUAUACCGAUGCUGAGCCACAAACUGAAUGAAUCUGUGAGGGAAGCGAACACCAUGCUUGAAUCAUUGGCAAAGUCGACUCCCAAUGUUUCCUAUCACUCAUGUUAUGAACAAUUUGGAAGAUUCAACACAGUAGAUCGCAAUCUUUUCUAUGAUCAGUCUCAUCUCAAUGAUGCUGGUGUAGCAAAGCUUGAGACAUUUCUAAAAUCCCUUCCUGGAAACUGUGAAUCCCCUACGGAAUCUAUACCUCAAGUCUCUGACGCAACUCAAACUGCUGUUUCCGACUCAACUGCCAGUAUCCAACCAGUGCAUCCUUCUAAUACCCCGAUUCCACAAUCAAACAACCCCCGCUAUGCUCCUGUACAACCAUAUGUGCAUGACAUACACUCUGGAUUUAACUCAUAUAACCCCACUGCUGUCCAUCCCGCCCAUGUUUUACCUCAAGGACAUCAGCGCUGGGCACAGUAUGCUCCACCACCUUAUGGAUGGCAAUGGAACCAACAUCAACUGUGACGAUCUUGCACUUCGUUUCCACUCUUGUCAGUUGGUUGAUUUGAAAGAUCGCCACUUUGUUAACUUAUACUCACAUUUUAAAUGCUAUCGCAAUUCUCCAUAUAUCAGAGUUUAACCAUUUUCUUUCAAAAUUUCAAAUUAAAUGUUUUUGUUAUUGCCGCCAUGUUGGAUGCACUUUGACCUUUGGUCCUGGGAAAUAGUUCCUCUUUCAACACGUUAUUACUCAAGUAUUUCACUCUAUUUCAUGUGUUAAACCUCAUGUUUAUUUAUAUUAUUACCCUAUAUUUGGGUAUUUUAACUUCAAUCACUCUUAACUUAGCUUUAAACAGAGGAACUAUAUUCUCCAGCCCCAAACUAGCGCAAUUAGGUACGCGCAUAAAUAUUUUACAUUGUGCGAAUCCGAGCUUCUUCUGGCGAGUCGAUAUUUUCAAUUCUCCGUCUUUUGGAUAUUUUACAAGAUACGCAAACUCUGGAUAUAACUACUGGAUAUAUAUACCGCUGAUUACAUUAUGGAGAGUCGUGAUACAGGCACAGGCCAGGUAAUUGCAUUUAUUUAGGUUGCUCAAGAUUGUCGAAACUUGCUGGGUUAUUUCACUGAUUUUACUGUUCGAUCAUUCAAACUCAACUUUAUACAAGAAUUUGACACUAUUUGUAGCGCAUUUAUUGUUAUAAACCCUUGUUAGAGUAUUGUGGACCAAUUUAACUACGUUUUCGCAGCCCAUCGGGAGCGAAAACUUCAAUUUAACACAGGGUCAUUGAGGUCACUUGCCAAGCCUAUGAAGCCCGUGAAGCCUUUUGGGCUGUAAUUGACUUCCCUGGUACUGACCUACCCCCUCCCACACUUACAUGUCAAUACUCUAAGUGGGCUACAUAUUGGUGUUUUCAUUUGACUUAAUGCAUUCAUAUUAUACUUAACGGCCUAUACUUAAAGUUCUACCAAUUUGUCUGGACACACUUGUUGUAUUAAACGUGCUCCGAUCAGCUGAUCAGUGUUAUUGUUUACGUUUAAGGUCAAGUGUCAGCAAAAAGUAGUUCUCACUUUUGGCUUCUGUAUGUGAAAACCAGCGGUGUUUCAAACUUGAGUGUACACAUGCAUUCCAUUGCCAGUAACUGUUAGUGACUUGUAACAUUGUGAACUUGUUAAUUUAUUACAGUAGAAUAGAUUUGUUUUUAUACAUUUUUAUAAAGAUCCCUUUACACGCCAGAGUUUGUUUAUUUCUUGGUAAAGCUUAGAUGGUAAAUUCCUAGCUAGAUUAUUCAAUCCCCCUCCCGUUGUAUUGGAAUUGAAAUUA